AAACGACUUUGCAUCAGCAGCGCAUGCCGCUAACUCGGGCUGUACCCCAGCCAGAACAGUGCGGAAGAGUGGAUGGUGUGGGCUGUAACAGCGCUCCAUGAUUGGCGUUCGCCUGCUCGUGUGCUGUGGCUUGAGCCCAUAUCACCUUCUGCUUUGGGACUCUGGUGGCAUUUCCCACAGGCCCUCCACUCCCCGGCUUGUAAUAGGCUCCGCCAGCGUCCUGCUCUUGUAGCGGCGCUGGCAGCCCUACUUUGCUUCCCCAGCUCUGAUAGGCGUCUUUUCUGGGGCUGAAUCCAUUUACCGCAGACAAUAGGCUGCCCCCAGUGUGUUAGGUUACAUACGUCCCCCUCUUUCGACUUCGCCCGUCCCCCGUUUGUCCAUGUCAGUUUCUUUCUCUCCGCUUGUUCAACGUCUUUGGAGGUUGUCAUCAACGACGCUCGAUCGGCCAGUACUGGUCAGAAAGACCCUGCUGCCUUAUUCACCGAAAUUCACCAGUUGUUGUAUCGUCUGUUAGCCAAACAGACACUCGCUGAACCAACCGUCUUCUACACCUCUCGUGGGUACAUCACAGCGCACCAGCGACAUCCUCUUCGCAGCCCACCAUCGCCGCUUCAUCCGUUACUUCGCAUCACCACUUUCAGCAUCUUCGCGUACUGUUUGCUUCUCAUGGCUAGUUUUGUUAGCGGUUGAUUUUGACGUUAUUCUGGAUUUGCACCUGAUUUCUCACGCACUUCAUGGCAUUGUCUUGAUUUUGGCGUGUUGACCUUCCACUUUAUCUCGCUCCUUCGCUGCCCUCUCACUGCGUUUUAUUCAUCAAGUGAUGAAUGCUCGUACUGUGUGUUAGCCUGAGCAUACGCUGCCCUUGAUUAUUCCGCGGUGCCUGAAGCCACUCAGCUCGAGGUCGUACCCCGGGAUUACUUUUCCUCGCUUCGUUUGAGUAAACCCAAACACAAUGUACUCUCACAACGCGGGGCGAUCUCGCCAGAUGGGAUUUACCAUCGAAGGCUUUAUCCCGUCUGACCAGUCUGGUAUCUUUGGUUCGAGUGCAUCAUCCCAUCAAAUUCGUCCUAUACAGCCCGAAACACAGCACCAAGCGGAUUCAGAUGCCGCAAGCAUGGACUGGCUAUCGCACACCAGCAGCCAUGAGCAACAGUAUCAACGGAGUACAUUUUCAGGGAUGAACGCCGACCCUGGUGAUUUGAUGGAAUUCGAUGAUCUCGAUCAGGUUGAGAGCCACAGCAGCGCUGGUGUUCGAAGUCUGGUGUCAGAAUUUGAGAACAAGGCCUUCGUUCCUCCCUUGCCACCUCGCCCUAUUAAUGACAUCUCGGCAAGUUUGGAUACGCAAUCAUCCUUCUCCAACAGCUACGGAAACUUCCACUCUUCCAGUCAUGAUACUCGGAUAUCAAGCCCGCUUAGCCCUACCGACUCCGUUUUUGGAUCCUUUAGCCGUCUCAACCGAGUUACCAGCCCAUUCACAACACCAACCAUUGAAAGCAGCUCCUCGUUCAUGUCCCUGAGUAGCUUUCCAACAAUGAGCCCUAUUCAUAGCCCCGGUGUUGGCUCGUCAUCGGCUCCGUUUGGCUCACUAGGAUCCUUCCUGACAAAUCACGAUAAUCACCAUCAGCAAGAUCCGUUCCGCCAACAGCGCCUGUCCCAUCAACAUAUUACUGGAGCGAUGGAUUCUGACGAACUGGCAUCUUCGAUAGCACAGACAAAGCAACCGCAAGUUGGAGGAACCCCUGGGUUUGAGAUCUGGCGUCCCCCUACCGUACCAGAAAUAAAGGUAGAAUCAUCCACCACCCAGGAGCCAUUGGUGUCUCUACCUAGCCCAACAAAGAAUUCGGCUGGUUUCACAAAGCCCCCCGUUCCAGCGAAGCCAAAGCCACUUUCUGCUGCUGCAGGAAGUCAGUUUAUCAUGGAAUAUGCCAACGGAAAUAAAACUCCAAAGGGCAAAACUGUGAUGAAACCUCCGCCACCACCUCCGCCACCACGCCCUCAGCCAAAUCCGAUCAUAACAGAUAUGGUGUCGCCUGUCGGGAUCUCAUCUCCAAUGAGCCCGCCAAUCAAAAUAGAAGAUGGAGCUGGAAAGAAGCCAGCAGGACCUCGUCCAUCGAUAUCAAAGUACCCGAUAUUCAGCCCCCGUCCUUCAGGGUCUCGCUCUUCUCGGGAGCAAGUUCCUGCUGAGAUUUGGGAGCAGUACAAGUUCGUUAUUCGAACUUUAUAUCUUGAAGAACGGAAACCGUUGAAAGAAGUCAUGACGAUCAUGUCAGAGCGAUACAAUUUUCAAGCAACCCCCAAGAUGUAUAAGUCGCGUUUCUCACAGUGGGGAUUUGUGAAGAAUAACACCGAGGAUGAAGUUAAGAGACUUUUGUCGAUGAAAUUCCAACGUGACGCUGAAGGCAAAGUAUCCGAAUUUGUCCGCAACGGCAAAGUUAUCAACAUCGGCACAUAUCUCAAGCGUAAAGGAGUGACUGAGUACGAUCUUGUCGACUUUGAGUUGCCAGCCGAUUUACCAGCUUACGUACGCUGCCGCACUCCAACACCACCUACCGCACCAGGUUUGAUCAGAUCUCCGGAUCUUGUGCGAGCUCACGAGCUUGUUAUUGGUAGCGUACGGAAGGCAUUUUUGCAGUGUCAUAAGUACGAGACUGAGACAAAUGCUCAAAUCAACUGGUCGAUAAUUCAAGUCUGGGGCGCAUGGUCGAGUGAGAUGCUUUUGGAAGCAAACUUUUUCCUGGAAGCUGGCGACUCAGACAACGGUGGCUCAACUAUGAUGCGUGCCUUUAAUCAGCUUGAGCAAGACUUAAAGCAACUCUCUCCGCAAGGAAUCGUUGAGAUUUUGCUCAGCAUGGUCAAACGUGACUUGGGAAUGAUCACGGCACUCUGCAAAUAUCUCGCAGCGUAUUGCUCAACCAAUUUUGAGCGAAACCACCCUUUGCGCCAGAUCUUCAGCUGCUUGUACGAAAUCCAGCAAAAGCACGGCUCUGGAACCUUGUCAGAGUUCCUAGCGAGCAGCAUCACAGUCGUUGCUGAAGAGCUAGAAUCCAUCUACGGGCAGCAGCACCCAUACGUUGCCAGAACGUGGAUCGAUCUUGCGCUCUUCUAUAACGAGGUGGACAAGGACAAGGCUGAAAAGUUAAUCCGAGAGCUCAGAACUGUCUAUCGUGAGCUAGAGGCCAAGAGUGGUGCAAAGGAUCCCGACUCCAUCAGCUUGCGAUACGCAAUCCUGCAGCUCCUCUACAGCAGCCGUCCCAACUCUGAGGGAACGAAGCAAGCUGCUAUGGAGCUCUGGACGCUUCUUCGUGAGAUGGGCGUUAUGCAUCCUAUGAAGGAUCCCAGACCCAAUGUGUACUGUUAUCACAGCCCUGUCAAGGUCGAUCCGUGGUCCAAGCGUUGCCGCCGCCGUUACGAGGUCGGCGUCGCGAUCUUCGAGGAACACAUUGGUGUCAGGAUGCACCCCUACUUCGAAGAAGACUUCCACACGAGCGAACAUGCUCCUGAGGCUCAGAACUCUUGGAUGGCUGCCAUGGAACAACAAUCAGCCCCUCACCGAUUCCAGUUUUAAGAGGGCACAUCCUUCUUCACCUCUGUACCGAGAUGUUUGUUUUCUUUUUAUAUUUUGAUGAUGAUGAAACCACACGCAACAGCACACUUUGUUUGUUCCUUUUGUUGAAUCACUGGGCUAUUUUGCCUCUGCGUCUUCGAGCGGGCGUUGCGGUUUGUUUAUACGGGGAGCCUGCGGUACGCAUAUGCAUUUCCCCUCUGUAAAAUUAGCAUAUUUGCACACAGUUUCUUUUUAUGUUGUCCAUAAAAGGACUGAUGAUACCAUACCAUAGCGUUGAGGGAGUAGCCGGCGCUGUGGUAUUCGUGCGUCGGAUUUUUUUUUCAGUGCGAUAUAUAUUCUGUUUCUCAUUAAAGUACAUAGAAGCGAUAAAGCCUCAAUUAAUACAAUUUCUAAAGUUGAUGAAAAAUA